UGUGUGGCGCUCAGCUGAAAACGCAACUUCCGCUGUGUCGUCAUCACGGCGCGACGUUUUCUCAGGCCGCGAGUUGUGGAAGCUCAAUCGCCGCGCUCGAAGGAUAUGGCACCAUCACCAACAAAGCGUAAGGAGGAGGAGAAAACAAAGGAAAGAGGCAAAGAGAAGACUAGUACCAAGGAAGGAGACAAGGAGAGAGGACGAGAUAAAGCAAAGAAACGGCGCAGUGCUUCUACUGGAAGCAGCAGCAGCAGGUCCAGAUCUAGCUCUACUUCAAGCAGCAGCUCUGGUUCCAGCUCUGGAUCCUCAAGUGGAUCGAGCUCAUCUGGUUCCAGCCGCUCUGGUUCUUCAAGCUCCCGCUCAUCAUCCUCCUCCAGCUCCUCAGGCUCUCCCAGCCCCAGCCGUAGACGCCAUGACAACCGCCGCCGCUCCCGCUCAGCGUCCAAAACACAGAAGAGGGGAGACGAUAAGGAGCGAAGAAAAAGAACGCCAAGUCCAAAGCCAACGAAGGUUCACUUGGGGCGUCUGACAAGGAAUGUCACCAAGGAACACAUCCAGGAGAUCUUUUCCACUUAUGGAAAAAUCAAAAUGGUUGACAUGCCAAUGGACAGGUUCCAUAAUCACCUGUCCAGGGGCUUCGCAUAUGUGGAUUUUGAAACCGCUGAGGAGGCAGAGAAAGCUCUGAAACACAUGGAUGGAGGUCAGAUUGAUGGACAGGAGAUCACUGCAUCUGCUGUGCUGCCUCAACGAGUCCGCCCUCCACCCCGUAGACCCUCUCCCCCUCGCAGAAUGCCCCCACCCCCACCAAUGUGGCGUCGUACACCACCACGCAUGAGGAGAAGAUCCCGCUCACCCAGGAGACGCUCCCCAGUACGCCGCCGCUCUCGCUCCAGGUCUCCUGGGCGCAGACGUCACCGCUCUCGUUCCAGCUCUAACUCCUCCAGAUAGACAUGUUAAAAGCCUCUUGAUACCAUGUGAUCUCUUAGAUUCUCUGACUCAAGAUCAGGUUGAGUUUCUGCUUUUCAAGACCUCUAUGGACCCACUAGAAAUAAAAUCAUCUGCAUUGUUGCCUAAAUUAACACCUGCCAUGCAUGUUGAAAGCAGAACUGUUUUCUCUUUUUUCUUCAAAUGUGAGUUUCUUUUAAUGUUUUUGUUGAGUUUCUCCUGAAAAGCUAACUCAGAGUUAAUGUGUAAAGCUGGUUUUUGGUUUCUCAGAACCAGAGAUAUUUUCUUUUUAAGCGUGACUUCUUUUUACCAUGUACUGAAUUUUUAGACAUUUUGAAAAUAAAAAUGCUGAAACGA